GGCUGCCCAUCCUGCCUCUUGUUUACCACUAUCCUCAGUCUCGUGAGGCUCUCUGAGAACUCAGUACCGAUGGUUCAACCACAUAAUGGUCUAGACACCGAGGAUCAGGCGUCGUUGGCAUCUGCAGCGUCCACAAAACCCAGUCCAGACACUUUAACAAAACUUAUCAGACGUCUGAGGGCGUUGACUAUGUCGUUAUUACCGGUUGAAGUCUCUCCAGACUCGGUCAGCGAUUCCACAAGCCGCAUCAUAACACCACAGGUAAUUAAAGCGUAUGUUGCUGCCGCUGGGGAUCUCGUAGAAGCGCUUCCUUACUGUCUCCUUCGCGCCCGCAAGGAGUUCAUGUGGGACUCGAACCACAACCCGGCUGAUUACGGCGAGAGUCUGUGUAGAGCGACCGCAUGUGAAGUGCUCGCUCGCAAGAUAGUCCACGCCUCAGCUCCAGACAGGAUCACACCUAUAAUGACAACCCGCUUCACGCACAGGGAAGCAGACGGAGAUGUCAGCGACAAGAAUAGUGCGCUAGAACUAGCCAUUGACUCCCAUUGCACAAUCUUCCUCUCCUCAAACGAGUCCCAAGAAGUGGUCAAUCAUCUCUGGAACGGAAACCUCAUACAGCGCCACGGGGACAACCAUAACGUUGAAUUCCGUCCUUUCCAUGAGGCAUACGGAGAUACCAUCUGGGGUCAUAUGGACCCCGAAAGGUUAGCUGUGCCGAGAUACCAGAACGUUCUUCGCAUAUGUGUCUGGGCAUUCUUUCUAUUUUCCUAUUCGCAAGCUGUCCGCGAACCUCUGGAUACAAUCCAUCGCGAUCAUUCAGAUCUGGACCCUUGGGAGAUUGUGAUGUAUGUGCUGGGACUAGCAUUCGCGCUCGAAGAUCUGCAGAAGGUUGGAAAGUUGUUCUUCUUUGUUUCAUGGAGAGCGCUUGGUUUCUGGCAUUUUGUCUCUCUGUCUACGGAUGCACUACUCGUUGCAGCUUUCUGUCUCCGAAUAAUGGGGCUAUCCUCUCAUGGAGAACAAUACACCAACUUGCGAGUGAAGAGUUUCCAAGUAUUGAGUUUUGUAGCGCCCUUGGUGUGGUACGUUGAACAUGGUUUCAAAUCUCUAGACACUGAUAUCUCUCUCUCCAUAGGACGAGUACGUUGGCAAGCGUCAGCGAGACGGGUAGUAGCUGAGUGCUUCUUUCCAGGAUUGAUACCAAUUUUCGACGGCUACAGGUAUGUCGGCACGAUGCAAAUAUGCGUGGCACGGAUGCUUCAAGAGUCGGGCAUCUUCUUUGGUCUACUGGCGCUGCUCAGUAUUGGUUUCGUUCAAGGACUGUAUGCGUUGGACGCGGCAGAUGGCCAUACCGAUCACCCUAUACAAGUCAUAAAUUUGCUCGUUCAGGCCCUUUUGCAGGCACCGAACUACGACCGGUGGUCUAACUUUGCUCCUGCACUUCUGCUGUAUUACUUCUGGAAUGUGGCAACGGUCAUUAUCCUGCUGAACAUCCUCAUUUCGCUGUUUUCGUCUGCAUACGAUGACGUCGUCGAGGAUGCACCUGCCGAAUAUAUGGCGUACUUCGCGGACAAGACUGUCGGGAUGAUUCGUGCUCCGGACGAGUUUACCUACCCGGCGCCAUUCAACCUGAUUGAAUUGAUACUCAUCGCUCCCUGGGAAUACGUUAUAAGCCGCGAGGCUUAUCGCAAACUCAACCGAUUCGUCAUGUUCAUACUGUUCUUCUUCCCGCUUGCCUUCAUCGGACUCUUCGAGGCCGAGCUCGAUCCGUCGAAGAACAAGUGGGUCAACGACUGGCUUUUGCAUCCUGAUCAGGGCAUGGAGGACAGUCCAGAAUACCGUGACCCGGAGGUCGACGGCGAGGAUGCUGCGAGAGGACUCAAGAUCAGCCGCGUGCCUUUUGAAGAGUUGGUGAAGGUGUUCCCGGACACUAUGCAUUCAAGCGACACGGUGAUUGUGAAGGAAGUAACGGAGCUGAAGGCGCAGAUCGAAGAGCUCAAGAAGUUGCUGCUCGAGAGGAACGGCCCUUGAGAACCUGUCACGCGCGAUAAAGUGCUAACGGUGUACGUUCGUGAUGGUGGUAUAAAACGAACCGC